GACCAGAGUUUCCAAAUCAUUUGGACAGAGAGAACUUGCCCUAUCAAAAACGUCCUUGUCAAAUGGUGCAGAACAUUUGUUUUUCCCCAAGCAAAGCUGUACGAGGACAAACAGAAAACAGAAGCUCAAGAGCAGCAUGAUUCAUCCUAUGUUUGUUGAUAGCAGAUCUGGAGUAAUUGAUUGAACCAGAUAAAAAGAAGCUUUCUUUUCCCACCAAUAAUCAAUGAUCGCCCAUCAAAUGUCCCUGUCUUCUGCUGUCCUCCUGCAACCACCACAGCUAACACCCACCAAGAAACUAGAACUGCCAGAACCUAGAGCCACUUGUCUUGCUGUUGACAACAUACCAUACCUUCAGAGAAACCACAAAUUCGAGCCAAAGCCAACCCAAUAAUUACUGCUGUCUCCUCUAUGCUUUAAAUGUCUGUAAAGUUUACAGUGUUAAAUCAUCAGUGCCGUGUUGAUUCAAAAAGUCGCUUGAUUUCAAUUUCUCUGGUUCAAGUUUCUGUUUCACCUGCUUCCCUCUCUCUAUCCUCAGUCGCUCGCGGAAUUUGAACCGGCCGCCGGACCAAGUCAGCAACCGUAGUCCGAAAUUGGCGGAUAAAGGGAGAGGAUUUGUUCUUGUUGGCGAAGAAUUGGUUGCGCAACGAACGGUUCAACAGCAUAAAUUCCCGGUACCAAGUACCUUAACCAAGACCCUCAACAAAAGUUUCCGCCUUUCCAAUUUUCUGGGAUGGCUGAUUGAAAGGAAGAAGACGAACGAUUAGGGGUCUGUGCGAGGAUAUCGACUUCCUUCCCUCGGGCUGUGGGAUCUGAGGCUAGAUCCUUCGUGGGUUUUUUUCGUUUUUUGUUUUCUGUAUAGUAGAGGUUGAAAGAUGAGUGCUUCGAGGUUCAUCAAGUGCGUCACUGUUGGUGAUGGAGCUGUUGGCAAAACUUGUUUGCUGAUUUCUUACACUAGCAACACUUUCCCUACGGACUAUGUGCCUACUGUUUUCGACAAUUUCAGUGCAAAUGUUGUUGUUAAUGGGGCUACUGUUAAUCUGGGGUUGUGGGAUACUGCUGGGCAAGAAGAUUAUAACAGAUUAAGACCUUUGAGUUACCGUGGAGCUGAUGUGUUCAUAUUGGCUUUCUCUCUUAUUAGCAAGGCCAGUUAUGAAAAUGUUUCAAAAAAGUGGAUUCCAGAGUUGAAACAUUACGCCCCUGGUGUCCCAAUAGUUCUUGUUGGUACUAAGAUUGAUCUUCGGGAUGACAAGCAGUUUUUUAUUGACCAUCCUGGCGCUGUGCCCAUUACUACAGCACAGGGGGAGGAGCUGAGGAAGCUGAUUGAUGCACCUGCUUACAUUGAAUGCAGUGCAAAAACACAGCAGAAUGUGAAGGCAGUUUUCGACGCAGCCAUCACGGUUGUCCUUCAACCUCCCAAGCAGAAGAAAAAGAAGAGACGGGCGCAGAAGGUCUGCUCCAUAUUGUGAUUGAAAAGAUGUAAAAAAGGAUAAAAUGUCUCUUUCCUACCCAUGAUCUCCUUACCCUAAUCCACCUCUUUCUUCAUCCUGUUGCCUUGGAAGGUUAGUAGAAGCCAUUGUUGUGAAUCUUCUGAUAUCCAAUUGUUGAAACGCUGAAACGUUGUUACCCACCUGUUUUUCAUCCGGUUUUGAUUUUUUUGUGCCAAUGUUCUGGAACUUCCAGUUAGGAAAUUGCAUGGACUCCUUUAUAUUUCUCAACCUAGUAUGUUCUUGAGAGGCUAUGUUUAUAUGCUCCUCUUCUUUAAAAACAAAAGUUCCUGAUUAUCUGUGUGCUCAAAUAAUCCUUGGAUUCGCUCCAUGGCUAUAUAUAUAUAUAUAUAUAUAUUGUCAGCUUCUGUGGGAAAGAAGAGGUUGCCUUAAUAGAAACUGCAGGAGCCU